UGUGGUCGAGGGAUCACUCCGCAGUCUCCUCCGGCCUCUUCCAGGCUCCAUAUUCCCUGGGCCUUUUUCAGAGGCUCCCUUGGGCUCGGGCACCUACUCUCGGUGACCCAUCCCCACCCCUUCUCCCGCAGGGGUGCCUUGUGGGACAUUCACCUUCCAGUGUGAGGACCGCAGCUGCGUGAAGAAGCCCAACCCGCAGUGUGACGGGCUGCUGGACUGCAGGGAUGGCUCAGACGAGCAGCACUGUGACUGUGGCCUCCAGGGCCCCUCCGGCCGCAUAGUGGGCGGUGCCGUGUCUUCGGAGGGCGAGUGGCCCUGGCAGGCCAGCCUCCAGGUUCGGGGCCGACACAUCUGUGGGGGGGGCGCUGAUCGCUGACCGCUGGGUGAUAACAGCCGCUCACUGCUUCCAGGAGGACAGCAUGGCCUCCCCGGCGCUGUGGACCGUGUUCUUGGGCAAGGUGUGGCAGAGCUCGCGCUGGCCGGGCGAGGUGUCCUUCAAGGUGAGCCGCCUGCUCCUGCACCCUUACCACGAGGAGGACAGCCACGACUACGACGUGGCCCUGCUGCAGCUCGACCACCCCGUGGUGCGCUCGCCCGCCGUGCGCCCCGUCUGCCUGCCCGCGCGCUCCCACUUCUUCGAGCCCGGCCUGCACUGCUGGAUCACUGGCUGGGGUGCCCUGCGCGAGGGCGGCCCCACCAGCAACGGUUUGCAGAAAGUCGAUGUGCAGCUGAUCCCGCAGGAUCUGUGCAGCGAGGCCUAUCGCUACCAGGUGACGCCCCGCAUGCUGUGUGCUGGCUACCGGAAGGGCAAGAAGGACGCCUGCCAGGGCGACUCGGGAGGCCCGCUUGUGUGUAAGGAGCCCAGUGGCCGCUGGUUCCUGGCGGGGCUGGUCAGCUGGGGUCUGGGCUGUGGCCGGCCCAAUUACUUUGGUGUCUACACCCGCAUCACAGGAGUGAUUGGCUGGAUCCAGCAGGUGCUGAGCUGAGGAGCUGCCCUCCCUGCGGAGCUGGGGCCCACCUCCCGGACUCAAGUGGCCAGGGCACCCACGAGGCAGGGGAGCGAGUUUUCUGGGGGCAAGCAGGGCCCCGCAGAGGCAGGGGGUGGCGUCCCGUGGUCCCCGACCUGCUCCCUGACAUCUGCCCCGGGGAGGGCAACAGGAGGAAGAGGAGGGCCAGCAGCUGGUGGUCGACUCCCCCUGCACCCCAGGGCCGGGAUGGUCAGCAGGCCCGGCUGAGGGGGUUCACAUUCCAGCCCUGUCGCCUUCUGAUUCCCUCUCCCCCUCCCCCUUCCUCCACUGCUGACUCUGGGGGUGGGGGAAAUGGCUCAGCAGCACCAACGGGGCUUCCGGGUCCCAGGAGAGGUGUCUGGGCUCCCCUCUGCCAAUGCCGAGCAGAUCCCAGCCCGUGAACUUGCCGGGGGGGGGUGGGGUGUGGAUGGAAGGCACCCUCGAGGGACCCGCAGAGCCCCGGAGACAGCCAGCUGGGCCAGCUGCCACCGUAAGCCAAAGGGUGGGGGAGCCCCGGGUGUAGGGUUCUCCCCCCACCCCUACCUGUCCCCCGGGCCUCCACUGCUCACUCUCACCUGGAAGUGAGCUCCGCCGCCCUGUGGAAUAAAGCCGUUUGAUCUGAGGCUCUGCUCUGGGGGUUAAACAGGGCCCUGGAGCACUGACCUCACGCUCUCGAC